CAUGUGAGUAUAAAUAUAAAAGAAUUUAUAUGAUUUGGUAACAACCUUUCCCGCUCAGAUUUUGACGAAUUCAGUCGCUGAUUGGCAAACAUGUUUCUCCUUAUUGCAGCUGCCGUUUUGUCCAUUGCAUAUGCCGAACAAGGAUGUUUGUUUGACGGCAAAAUGUACUCGUCCGGAGAACAAAUAGUGAUAGCUCACUGCCUAGGCGCCAUGACUUGUCUAGGCAACAACGCCUACGGCGAUCUGCAGCAAUGGGGGGGCGUCUGUCCACACAAGAGAGCGGCCAAUGGUCAAACUGGUUGCUUGUUCGAUGGCCGCGUCUAUCAGAAGAACGAGAAAGUUGUCAUUGCUGGUUGUCUGGGGGAGAUGACAUGUCUGGGUAACAACUUAUACUCCAGCCUCACUCCUCUGUUCGGUGAUUGCUCUAACACAAUGACGAAACGUGCUGACGAUGGACAAAGCGGAUGUUUGUUUGAUGGGCGUGUCUACUCUACCGGUGAAGAGAUCCUGAUCAAACCCUGCCUCGCUAAGAUGACCUGCCUGGGCAGAAACAACCUCAGCAACAUCACGCCUCUAUACGGAAACUGUGAAACAAAAAGAAGCAGCAAUGGUCAAGACGGAUGUUUGUACGAUGGCUUCAUUCUAAACGCUGGAGAGACCAUCACUAUUCAAGGAACCACCACAGAACUCGUCUGUCUGGGACACAACCUUUACAAAGAACUGAUUCAUUAAAGAUUGGAGCGGCGCUCUGAGACAAGAUGAGCAAAUGACGUCAUGAUUCAUCGGAUCAAACAUCCAUUACUUCAUGUGUGCUAUUUUUAAAUUAAACAUGUUUUUAUUAAAAAAAAAAUUUAUGAU